AACAGUUAAACGCCGUCGCUCAUUGAGUUAACACGUAUUUUCGUGCUGGUAAAAUUGUAUUCAUGCAAAUGUUUGGAUUCUGCUCUGCCGUCGGUAGCGUUUAAUCGUCUACGGUGUGAAGUAUCGGUAUUUUAAAACGUGUGAAGUUUGCAGUGCAGUCAACGCAGAUGUUGCAGUGUUAAACAAUAAUACCACCAACAGCGAAAUUUUUACGUGUGUACAGCGACAGAGCAAAACUGCGUCGGCAGCGCGGUUAGUGUUAACAGUCGAAGCAGCAGCGACGCAAACAGUGUAUGUGAAGUAUUUAAGCGCUUUUUAUUAUGUAUUUCGCUGCUAAUACCCGUCGUAGCAGUUUAAAGUUAGUUAUAUUAAAGGUAUGUGUUAAUUUGGUUUGCCAACAAAUAAGCGUAUUGGUCUUUCUCUACUAUUUAUUUAUGCAUUCAGAUUUUAGAAAUGUGCUUUAGUGAGGUUUUAAGUGGCUAUAAAGUGAAGUGAAGCCAAAUGAAUAAUUUGAAAAUGUGCAACUAAAUUUAUGAAGAAAAGUUUGAAAGAAGAAAUUUAAGGAAAGAAGGUACCAAAAAUGGCACAAAGUGUAUUUAAAACAGAUAUUAUAGAAAACUAAAUACAUAUGCAUUAGUAUGCAGGUAUGUAAUGUAAAAAAUUAAAUAUCGUCGAAGCUUUUUCAUGUCAGUGAUGUCAGUGUGAAGUGAAGUGACUACGAGUAGCAGCAAAUCAGGUUAUUUCCAAAGUGGAAGCUGAACUGUGACGCAGCGUCGCGUCAGCGAAUGACCACAGAAACAGUAACCAAAGCGCAACAGAAAUUCUCUGCGAGAGAUCUUAAGACGAAGAAUAUGAAGUAAUGAAAAAAUUAAAUUGUGUUUACGUGAAUUACACAAGUCAUCUUUUGUUUGUGUGUGUGUGUUUGUUGUAAAUAAUUUUUUGUGCACACAUACACAAAAUUAAGUAUCUGUGUUCAUACAAAUGUAUUUUGUGCGGAAGCGGUUUGGCAGCUUAAGAAUUCUUACAUUACGACGACCAUUACAUUACGACGACGGUGUGGAGAUUAGAAUAGCGGCGGCUGUGUUUCUGCUGCCGCAGUCAGCGCAUGACGUUGGCAACGUUACGUUAAUGUCAUGUAAAAAACCGCAUGAAAGCAAAUUACUAUUGACUCGCUCAUACUUUUAUGCUCAAGAAAUUAGUCUACUGAUAUAUAGAAACAGCACCAACACAAUGCCAAGACAUAAAUUGUUGCACACACACUAUCAGCUGUUUGCGUUUGCGCUUAUCAGCAUUUUACCGUUAAUCAGCUCUGAAACAAAUCGACCGCCCGUCUUCACUCAAGUACUCAACAAUAUUGUAUUGGAGGAGAAUGCGAAAGUUGGUACCGUAGUUGCGCAAUUGCAGGGAUACGAUCCGGAGGGUAGUAAUGUCACCUUUGGUGCCAUCGGUUCGGAGCACUUCGAAGUGGACCCCAUUACGGGUGUUAUAAAAUUGAUAAAGCCGUUGGAUCGCGAAGAGAAAGACAGUCUGUUGUUUUAUGUCACAAUACGUGAUCGUGUCAGCCCCGAUGGCGAAUCCGAACAGGAUAAUAUCGUACAAGUGCCAAUCACCAUUAUUGUAUUGGAUGAAAAUGAUAAUCCACCAGAAUUUCAGAACACACCCUACGAGACGGAUGUGAAUGAGGACGCUGCCGUCGGCACAACCGUAUUCAAUCAAAUACUCGUUACAGACCGCGAUACCAUCGGCGAGAGUCUCGACCUGAAAUGCGUGCCACAAGAGCAAAGUCCAGAGGCGUGCAACAAAUUCCGUUUGGAGCCAUUAUCGCGUGAGCCAACCGUAUUAAAGGCGGCCGUUGUGCUGAAUGACACGCUGAAUUACAAUCAACGCAUGAUUUAUCACUUUCAAAUUGAAGCGACGGAUGGCGUACAUAAAUCACAAACGAAUUUCGAAGUACGCGUCAAGGAUGUACAGGAUAAGCCGCCUGUAUUUCAGGGCUCCUUGUCGUCGGUCAUCGAUGAGGAUAGUCCCAUUGGUACGUUAGUGCUGAAGGUGCAGGCACGCGAUGGCGACACAGGCGAACCGAGGAAAAUCGUUUACGAUUUGUUAACGAAUCCCAUGGACUAUUUCUUACUGGAUGAGAAAAAUGGUGAAUUGCGCACAGCCAAACCGUUAGAUCGUGAAGCACUUCCCGAUAGUACAGGCCUAAUAACACUCACUGUUAGGGCCCGUGAACUUGUCAACGGCACUGCCAGCAGCGACGCACUAACGAGCACCACCGCACAGGCUACCAUAACCAUACGUGAUGUGAACGAUUCACCGCCCACCUUCAAUAAGAAAGAAUAUGAAGUUUCUCUGCAAGAGAACACAGCACCCGGUACGCCACUCGCGCUCGACAUGAAUGUGACAGAUCGUGACGUUGGAGUCAAUUCGAAAUUCUCACUACGCUUGGAUGAUGUAUCCGGGGUAUUUGAGGUGGAACCCAAGUAUGUAAAUGGUUUCUCCCAAGUCAACAUACGCGUCGGCAACGGCACACUGGACUAUGAAAAUCCCAAUCAACGUAAAUUCAUUGUGCUCGUCAUUGCGGAGGAGACGGAUACGCAACCGAAAUUAUCCUCUACAGCCACCAUUACAAUAACCGUAUUGGACGCCAACGAUAAUAAGCCAAUGUUUGAGCAUGAAUCAUAUUCGGCGAGUAUAACGGAAGCGGCUGCGCCUGGUCAAUACGUUACCACCAUCACUGCGAAAGAUGUAGAUUCGGGCCAAUACGGUGAUGCGGGUAUACGAUAUAGUCUUUCGGGUACCGGUGCUGAACUCUUUCACGUUAAUGAACAAACUGGUAUAAUAACAUUAGCCGAUUGUCAUGCAACGACUGCUGUCGGUGGUAAAGCUCGCGCUGGCCGGCAGCGACGUCAGUUGCACACUCAAACCGACACAGCAGAUUACGAAUCACUCUUAUCUUUCGCCAAUAUGGAUAACUACAGUCAUUUGCUGUCAUCCGCCACAUCAUUGACGGAGGAGGAGGAUAAUGAACAGCCCAGUGCUGCACUUUUUAAUGGGCUCGAUAUCAAUACAGAACCAACGGUAGAGUAUAAAGUCGUUACACAAUCGGAAGCACGCAGCAGCAUUAACGAUGUCAUUAGCGAAACAGCAGCAGCUACAGCGGCACCAGCAGUGGUGCCCUCGCACUUGUCUCCACUCUUGGAACCUAGCGCAACAGCCACGGUCCGCCCAGCAACGCCAGCAAUUCAAGCUGAGUUGGGCGUACGAGCCGAUGUGCCGCGUACGUGCCUCGACUAUGAAACGGAGACCACGUACUUUCUGUCAUACAAAGCAACCGACGAAGGCGGUCAAGGCCAAACGUCAGUGGUGCCGCUACGCAUUUCAGUAACCGAUGCCAACGAUUCGCCGCCGGUGUGUGAGAGUCCGUUGUAUCGCGCCGCUGUCGAUGAAGGCGCACACGUGUUCGAUUCACCGUUAGUGGUGAAGGCGCGCGAUGCUGACACUAUUUCGGACAUAACCUAUCGCAUUAUUGGUGAUGAGCAAAUCACCAGCGUGUUCGCCAUCGAUCGGCGUACCGGUCAAAUAACGGUACGUCCGAAUGCAACACUGGAUGUGACUUAUCUGAAACGCGACUAUUUGGUUUUCGCCGUCGAAGCGAAUGAUGGUGUUUUCACAACAAAUUGUGGUGUGAAUAUAACGGUACGUGAUGUGAAUAAUCAUGCGCCACGCUUUCUAGCUGAGGAAUAUUCCGCUGUGGUGGAGGAGAAUUCAGAAAUCGGCACCAGUGUGGAGAAGCUGCAAGCUGAGGAUUUAGAUUCGGGCAUAAAUGCGGAGAUUAGAUACCGCAUUGAGCAUGGCAGCUUCAAUGAUUUCCGCAUUGAUGAACGCACUGGCGAUGUUUUUGUUUCUCGUAAAUUGGAUUACGACCGUCGCAAUACCUAUCAUAUCGAAGUGCUCGCAACCGAUCUGGGUACCCCAAGUCUUUCGGGCACAACUACGCUUACGGUAAACAUAAACAACAGCAAUGAUAAAGAUCCGUAUUUUACGCCGGCGACGCAGCAUGCAGAGAUUCCCGAGGAUGCACCUGUUGGCACUUUAGUGCACACAUUAAUCGCACUCGAUCCCGACGUACCCACUUACAGCGCUCUCGAAUUCGCCGGCACCGAUGUUGUCGCCAUCGACAAGGACGGCAAAGAGGUGACAAAUAGUGAGCAGUUUAAAGAAUACUUCACCAUAAAUCGCAAAGGGCAGGUGAUCGUAAAUAAGGCGCUGGAUCGGGAUCUAUUCGCGGUCAUACGAAUUAGCGUACUUGUAACGGACAGCACGGCGCCCACUGUGCAACAGGGACGUGGUUUACUCAACAUACAAAUCACCGAUGUCAACAAAACACCGCCGAAAUUCAAUCCACCAUGGACUGCCGAAAAUCCCGUUAUCAAACUGCAAAUGAUCGAGGAGCAGCCAAUUGGCUCAGUGUUGACCACACUACAGGCAUAUGACGAUGACUCCAGUAUUGGUGAAUACAACAUUUCUCCAAAUGCAUAUUUCAACAUUAACAAGACGACCGGUGUGAUCACUUCGACCGCGCGCAUUGACUAUGAAACAUUAAAAGAGGUGAAAUUCGUCGCCACCGUGAGUGACACCGGUGUGCCGUCACUCACAUCGACCGCUGAAGUCACCGUGGAUAUCAUCAAUUUGAACGACAAUGAGCCACAUUUUAGCCAAUCGGAGUAUCACUUCAAUGUCACAGAGAAUUCACCACGCGGCACAGUUGCCGGCAAAGUGGAGGCAUUCGAUGCGGAUGUUGGCACCUUCGGCGAAAUUACGUACACACUAAUUGGCGAGUAUAAUAAAUAUUUUAGCAUUGAUGCAUACACCGGCAGCAUAAUGGUGGCUGAUGCUACGAUACUCGAUCGUGAGAAGAUCAGUGAGAUCACUUUGACGGCGGUGGCGCAAGACAAGGCACCUACUACGGUGCAAAAAUCAGCAACGGCGGCGAUCCAUAUAAAUGUGUUGGAUGUCAAUGACAAUGCACCGAUUUUUACGCAGACUCAAUACACCACAACGCUGGCAGAGAAUGCCGCCAUUAAUCCACCGGCCGCACUGUUGCAAGUGAAGGCGCUCGAUGCGGAUGAGGGUAUCUUUGGUGAUGUGCGCUAUUUCAUCACCGAUGGCAAUGAGCAGGGGCUCUUCCGUCUGGACGCGCAAACCGGUAUUAUUUAUCCAGCGCAAAGUUUGAGCGGCAAAAAGGGUGUGUAUGCAUUGGAAGUUGUCGCACGCGAUACACAGGGUUCGGGCACAAUGGAGAUUCGCACGAGAGUGCUGAUCACUGUUAUGGGUGUGAAUAAGCAUAGGCCAGUAUUCGUGAUACCAGCGCUUUCGAAUGCUACCAUCGAGAUACCUGGUGAUAUUGUGCAACAAGAUUAUCUACUGCUUACCGUUAAGGCCACAGAUAACGAUACCGAUGAGAAUGGCAUGCUCUCCUAUCAUCUACAAGUGAACAAUGAGAAUGUGCAGGAGACCGAUGAAUUCCGCAUCGACUCAACAACCGGUGAAUUGCGCACCAAGCGCGAGUUGAAUCGCAAGGAGCGCGCAAACUAUGACAUCAUUUUGGUGGCACGCGAUGCUGGCAAUCCCACACCGUUUGAAACACUGCGCUUCCUUAGCAUUAGCAUUGUUGAUGCUAAUGAAAAUCGUCCUGAAUUUUCGGAUGCUACAAAUCCCUACAAAAUCUCCAUCAAAGAGAAUAGUGGGCGCGAUGUGAAGAUCGGACGCAUACAAGCUACAGCGCGUAGCAAGCAUAAUAGGGAUGUCUAUUACUAUUUGUUGUUGGGCAACGAGGAUAAUGCAUUUGUUGUGGAUAAAACAACUGGCGAUAUUUAUACCAACAAAAGUUUGGAUAGAGAGGAUACCGAUUUCUAUACACUUUAUAUACUCGCCAGCAUUAAGUCAGAUUUACAUAUAUCAGAAGAAGAGCGCGCUUCAUUUUCCAUAAAAAGCUUAGAACGUGACAAUACUGUGGCGAAAGUGUGGAUAACAGUACUUGAUGAAAAUGACAAUGAGCCAGUAUUCGAAAAAGAGGUCUACUACGCCGGCGUCAGCGCCAAGGCGGCCAUAAACAGUGUCAUAACCGUUGUAAAUGCCAGUGAUGCUGAUGAGGGCAAAAAUGCCAAAAUUGAAUAUAUGAUUGUUGCUUCGAAUCUUUAUAAAUUUGGCGCCACUAAGGCAACGGGCUCCAUAGUGCCGAGUCCAUUUUCAAUUUCCGCCGAUGGCCGCAUUACUACCGCCGCUUUCAUGGCCGAAUACAAUCAAGAUCGUUUUGAACUGGAGGUGAUUGCCAAAGAAUUGGAGCAACCACAGCAGUCAACACGCACCAAAGUCUACGUCUGGGUAUUUGACGCAACGCAAUUGGUGCGUGUUAUACUCUCACGCCCACCUGAAGAGGUCCAUCAGGAGCAGGAGGAGAUAAUCGCCGAAUUGCGUAAUGCAACGCAACAUCGCAUCAUUGUCGAUGAGAUACGCUAUCACGUGGAUGCGAUGGGUCGCAUACGCAUGGAUUGGUGUGAUUUAUUUUUCCAUGCUGUCGAGCCGCAUACGCAACAAAUCGCCGCUGUCGAUGAGAUAUUAAAAGUUAUCGACGCCAAUUACGAUUACUUGCGGGAUUAUUAUGCCGGCUUUGCUAUUGAGAAUGUUGUGCCCGCCUAUAUUACCAUCGUGCAGGAUGAAUUUGAUUUGGCGGUGGCUGGUUUGGUCGCCUUAGUCAUUGUGCUCUUUGUGGGCGUCAUUAGCUUUUUUGUGCUGUGUUGUUGUCUCAAGCAUUGGAACCUCUCUGUGCCCGUCGAAAAUCGCCGCAAAGAAGCUUUAAUUAAGAAGCAAAUAAUUGAGGACUUGAAUACUACAGAAAAUCCUUUGUGGAUAGAACAAAAACUCAAACUCUAUGAAGAGCAAGAGUUGACCAUGCAAGUCUUCUCUGAGCCCGAUCAUAUUUCGAAUUCGGAUUCACCCGCUCAACUGGAGCAUCAUGUGCCACAUCAUAGUGUUGUUGACAACACAUAUGCCACUAUACAGCCACGUAACGGCAAUCAUAGCAAUCACGGCAUGAACAGUAUAGCUGCGCGCAACGGUGAAAAUAUGGUUGGCAUGAAUAUGGGCAAUAGCAAUGCGCUGGGACGUGUUCACGAUGCACAUAUCAAUGAAUUUGCCGACUAUGCGACGUUGCGUAACAAUCGUGCGCCAUCGAUGUACGAAUUCACCGGUUCCACCUUCCAAGCGCCUAUCCGUGAGGGAGACGAUGCUGUGGCCGAGCUCAUUUAGAAUUCAACCCAUGCCAUGUGUAGAACAACUGUGUAUAUGUAGAUCGUGUAAACGCUGGCAUUUACAAUUAAAAUAAUUACUUUUAAUUUAUUUUGUAAAUUACAAAUCGGCACACAAUUUUACUACCGAACAACUUGACGCGUUUUUGGGCAAGAUUAAAUGCAAGUUCAAGUAGCACUAAAAUAAUUAUAUUUAGUAAGCAGAGCUUCUAACUGACAGAAACAAAAAACAAUAAUAAAAAACACAGGUGUUGGUAACGGGUAUGUCAAGUGUGUAGUGGUAGUUAUGUGCAAAAGUUCGCAAAUAAAUGAUAAUUAAAUUAGUAGUUAUUUACACAUAUAUUAAUAAAUAAAGUAUAUUUUAAUUUUAAAACAAGUAGAUAACAAGUACAUAUUAUCUAUAUGUCUGUAUGUAUGUCUGUAAGUAACAUAAGAAAUACUCAAGUCAGCGCGGUUGAUAAAAAAAUACAUAAUUGGCUAUAUAUUGAGCAAACACUCGAAUAUGCUAAACGAACAAAUUAUAUAAAUAAUGAAUAAAAAUAAUAAUAAUUAUUACUAUAAAGCUACAAAAAUAAAUAUAAAUGAGACAAUAAGCGAAAGGUAGAUAUUGCAACGAAGGAACUAAACUAAACAAUUGCAAUUAAUAUACACAGUUUUUUUUAUUUUUAUCUUAAUUUGUUAGUUUACAUUAAAUAUUGAAAUAUAUUGAAUAUUUUAUUGACUUGUGUUUUUUAUAAUAUUUUUAUUAAUAAACAAAUUUGGAAUUCAAGAAAUUGAUAAUACAUAUACUUCUUAUACAUAUAUGAAUGUAAUGUAGCGCUUUAAUUAGUUAGAUUAAUUUGUUUUAGUUAAAAAAAUAAUUAUCUAAGUAAAUAAUUAAUGCUAUAUAUAACACUAUAUACGUACACCAUGUAAAAAAAAUAUAAACAACUAAAAUAUAAAAACACACAAAUAUUAAAAGAAUUAUCUCAAAUUUAUUUAUCAAAUUACUACUUAUAUAGUUACAACACACCCUACAUUCGACACAAGCUUGGUAAAAAGUUUAAAUGUUUGCUUUUGCUAAAAUCCGCAGAUUGCGAGGUUAUGUAUGAUUUGUUGUAUAUAUAAAUAUAUGUAUAUACAAUAAAUAUUAUAUAAAUAUUUAUUUUUUCAUUGCUAUGCAUAUAUACAUAUAUUUCAACAAUCUGAACGUUAUUUUAAACAAGAAUUCAUUUUUGUUUAUUAAUUUAAGCAUAAUUUUAAUUUAAAUACGCGCCGUUCUUGCUCAAUGUAACUUCUCUUUAAGAGUACUGUCAUACACACAACAAGAAAAAUAUAUUCAUGCAUAUGCAUUCUAUACUUAGUAUAUAUAGGCUUUAGUAUACUAACAUACAAAUAGUAUUUGUAUUAAAAAUACUUAUACAUGUA